CACAAUUCUCGUUUUCUCUCCGGCGUCUUCUAUAUAGGAUUCUCCGCUCCUUUUCUUCUCUCUCUAGACGUGUACACACGUGUAUACAGAGUUCUCUCUCUCUCUCUAUCUCUCCAUUUUCCUCCAUCUAGGGCUCUCCGUCCCUUUCUCUUCCUUCUAGAUUUUUUUAUAUGGCGCAUCACGCUAAACCGGCGCCGGCGAAGCCGACUCAGAGCCACGGCGUCAUCUCCGUUGCUAAUUCGUCGGAGAAUCAUCCGUCGAAAAACCUGUGGAUCGGCAGCGUGAUGCCGGACGUCACAGAUUCCGAGUUGAAAGCGUUGUUCGAGAGCCAUGGAGAAGUCGCCGGGGUUAGAUUGUACCCCUCCCGCAACUUCGCGUACGUGUAUUUCAGAGAAAUAGAGAGCGCGAGAUCUGCGAUGCAGGGACUUCAAGGGCACCUCCUCCGCGGAAACCGUCUCAAAAUCGAGUUCGCGAAACCGCAAACUUUCCCGCAGGCUAAACCAUGUAGUAGUUUGCUGGUGGCUUUAAUCAGCCGUUCUGUUACCAAGGAAGACUUGCAGAGAGAGUUCCUCAAAUUCGGUUCAAUCAAAAAAGUUAGUUUCCUCAGAGACAGCAACACUGCAUACAUUGAUUUCGUUAGAUUGGAGGAUGCUACUCAGGCACUGACAUGUAUGAAUGGCAAACGGAUUGGCGGUGAUCAAAUUCGUGUCGAUUUCUGGAGAGGAGAGCAGGGUCCAGAUGCAAACCAAGUCCAGUUUUCUAGUACGAUCACCGCGACUUCUGAGUAUAGAUGGAUGGCAAAAGAUUCCUCGAAAAGUUAUCCUCAGCCUACUCUAGCAGGAACCAAGAGACAAAAUCAAUUCCUUGAUACAGUGCCGCCGAAACGAGCUGCAGUUCAGAUGGACUUUCAAGGUCUCAACCCACCAGCUUUACGAGGCUGCCCACCAUUCCUAGGACUUAGUGGUUCUGGUGCCUAUAUAAGACCAUCAUUUUUAUGUCCUCAUACUACCUUUAAACCUGCACCUCCUGGCUUGGACAAUAGCCAACUUCAAAGAGACUCUAAAAGAUCAAAAAUUGAUACUGAUCCGUCUCUUGAAAGAGCAGAAAAUAAAGGUGGAUUGGGUGAAAAGGAUGUCCUUAAUUUGGGAAGUAGUGGUGGAGCAACUGUUUCUCUAACAAGUGUCCCAACUAGUGGACUUGGAAAGCUCCAAUCCGGGAGUAGUUCCAUGUGGAGGGGCACCAUUGCGAAGGGUGGAAUACCUAUUUGUCUCGCUCGAUGUGUUCCUAUAGGAGAAGGAAUUGAUGUUCAUAUGCCUGAGGUGAUCGAUUGCUCUGAGCGAAUUGAAUUGGACUUGCUAAGCACACUUUAUGAAAAAGCUAUUGGGUUUAGCACAGUUUGCUUCUUGCCUGAUAGUGAAAGUGAUUUUGCUGCGUACAUGGAGUUCAUGAGCUAUCUGGUUUGCAAAGACCGCGCUGGAAUCAUCAGAAUUGAUGAAUACACCCCCAUAUUUUUGGUGCCUCCUAAGUUUCUGAGUAAAGUUCUUAAAGUUUCUGGACCAGAAUGCCUUUAUGGAGUACUCCUAAAGUUUUCUGUAGUUGCAUCUACUAGCACAUCCAUGAAUCCCCCACCAACUCAGAAUCGAGAGCCAUGCACAAAGGAAAAGGUUCAGCCCGAGGUUUCAAAAAAGGCGUCCUUGCCGCUGAUUUCCUCUAAGUGGGCCCCCCCAAGAAAUGUGUUUCCUGGUCCAAACAUAGACAUCACACAUUGGAAACAUGAACAUACUCUAGACCAUAAUCGUCAUAUAGUGCAACAAUUUGGCAACUCUGAACCAAGUGGAUCGCGAAAUGUAGCACCAGAGAUUAAGUAUGAACAUGGGAGUUCUCAGGGCAAUUUGUGGGGUCAGGUUUGUGGUAGUUCUGUACCCAAGCCAAUGCCAUAUAUGCAGCUACCUAGACUGGAAUCGGAAAAUCGGAGUCAGCAGCUCCAUACUGAUCCAAAUGGGGAGAUUCAGAAUGGCACCGAAAUUGAUGAUGAAAACCGAAAGCGGUACUUUGCAACUUUGUCAUUGGCAGCUUAUAUCCUCGGUCAAAGAAACCAGCUACCUGAUAAUCAUCAACCUGGGCAGGGUACGUCGGGCAAAUGAAAGUAUAUUCUCAUCAGCUGGAGAAGAACCUUUCAAUGAAGUGAAAGGAAGGCGAUGGAGUGAAAGAGCGACAAUCAAUGAAGUGAAUGUUGUGGAGAUCGUGGUUAAUGAGUAUUGAGAUUGACAUUUUAUCUAAGAAGAGCUAUUUUUUAGCUUAAUAAUUUAUGAUUAACAUAAUAGACAAUUAUCAUUUUUUCAUUUUUUUCAUUGGGUUGGUAUCUUAUUUGUUUUAGCAAUAUAACCGAAUCACCAAUUGCGGUAUAAGGAUUAAAUGAUUAGUUGGAAGAAUGUUUUGAAAAUUCCUCAUUUAGUCGAGCAAAUCUUGAUGGAAAUUCGUGUAGAGUGAUAAGUGCUCAGGAAGCACAAAUCAUUUUAAUAGACCAAUAAUUAUCCAAUUAUUUGCACAUAUCAUGUUAGAAGCGUAAUUUGAUUGAAGAACACAAUUAUUCAUUAGUAUUGCAAUUCUCUUGCUAUCUUCAAAUUCAUUUAUCUAUAAUUUUCACUAAGAGUUAAAUAAUUUACAAUGGAACAUUUAAAAAGAGCAAAAGUUUUAAGUUGACUUGAUUGCAAAAGAAUCUACUCUUGCUUGAUAUAAAAUGUGGGAGGAAAAUAGGAAGGAAGUAAAGACAACUUCUUUUGAUUUGAGAUAACAAGAAGCUUUGGAAAGUAUACAUUGGUGUAUACUUUUCUCUUCCCCUCCCCUCCCCUCUUUGGUGGGAAUAGUGACUUGUAUUACCUCAUGUAACAUACAAGAAUUAUGAAAGCUACAUAAUAUGGAAAAAAUGUCUCUAAGUGUAUGUUUUCAUGCUAGUUCGUAAUAGUUCAAGCUCAAGUUUCGGUUACAAAUAUUUGUCGCAUGGAAAUCGCUAUCGCCAACUCUUAAAUUUUCCCAAAAUGGCAAAAAUGCGUAAUUGGAGGGAGUCAUAACGUGAUUGUAGAGACGAAAUGUCUUGGAAAUGAUUUUUUUUUUCAUUUCUCAAUACGAAAUCAAAAUCCCCGCACCACUUUUAGACAUAUUUAUUACUCCGUUUUAAAUUCUUCCCUCGUAAUAAUACCUUUAUCCCGUUACUUCUAAGCAAGCUUGGCAAACUUGACUGCUACAGGAAAACACGUCUUCCUUAAAACAUAAACAAACAUUACUUCGAAUAUGAAAAUCUUUUCUGGAACACCAUUCAUAAAACGAAUGAAAAAUUAUUCAUAAAAUGAGCAUUUCUUGGAUAAAAUGUCUUUAUCCGCAUUCUAAAGCUUAUGCUUAAUAGUACUAAUCAAGUCUUAAUAGUGGUCCGCAUUACACGUAGUCGUGAAAUUUGUCAAAAAAACAUAUUUUCUUGAGAGUGUUCUCAUACAUAUCGAAUUGCUAAAAGACCCUGGCAUUAUAACUAUAAGCAAAACCCCCCGUAUGAUGCAUUUUUUAGCACACUUAGAUACACGUAAGAAUUAACAUAUUUUUGGUAAUUUAUCAUUUAUAUGGGUGAUUGAUUGAUAAUUAUGCAUGGUAAUCGCUACCUUGUAAUUCUAUCAAUGCUAUUUUUCAUCAUGUGAAAUUACUAGG